AUGUCUGUUAACAUUGGUAUCAACGGUUUUGGCCGCAUUGGCCGUAUCGUCUUCCGUAACGCUGUCGAGCACAGCGAGGCGAACGUCGUUGCCAUCAACGACCCCUUCAUUGACCUCGACUACAUGGUCUACAUGCUCAAGUACGACUCGACCCACGGCCGCUUCAACGGUGAGGUCAGCGCCAAGGACGGCAAGCUCGUUGUCAACGGCAAGAGCAUCGCUGUCUUUGCUGAGCGCGACCCCGCGGCCAUCCCCUGGAGCAAGGAGGGUGCCGCCUACAUUGUCGAGUCGACUGGUGUCUUCACCACCAUCGAGAAGGCCUCGGCCCACCUGAAGGGCGGUGCCAAGAAGGUCGUCAUCUCGGCCCCCUCGGCUGACGCCCCCAUGUACGUGUGCGGUGUGAACCUCGACUCGUACGACCCCUCGCACCAGGUUGUGUCGAACGCCAGCUGCACCACCAACUGCCUGGCUCCCCUUGCCAAGGUCAUCCACGACAAGUUCGGCAUCGUCGAGGGUCUCAUGUCGACCGUCCACGCUACCACUGCCACCCAGAAGACCGUUGACGGUCCCUCGGCCAAGGACUGGCGUGGUGGCCGUACCGCCGCUGACAACAUCAUCCCCUCGAGCACUGGUGCUGCCAAGGCCGUCGGCAAGGUUAUCCCCAGCCUCAACGGCAAGCUCACCGGUAUGGCUUUCCGUGUCCCGACCACCGACGUGUCGGUUGUCGACCUGACUGCCCGCCUCGAGAAGGGUGCCUCGUACGACGAGAUCAAGGCCGAGGUGAAGCGCGCCUCGGAGAACGAGCUCAAGGGCAUCCUCUCGUACACCGAGGACGCUGUUGUCUCGCAGGACUUUGUUGGCAACCCCAACAGCUCCAUCUUCGACGCUACGGCCGGUAUCCAGCUGAGCCCCAACUUUGUGAAGCUCGUUUCGUGGUACGACAACGAGUGGGGUAUGUAUAUUCCUUCUGUGACAUGA